UGCGACAUUUCCAACGUCUGAUUGGUCUGAGUUUGCCCGGAAAGUCCCGCUGCUUCGUGUCGCUUGAAUUGGACCAAUUUUGGCAACAAUCCUCGAUCUUUUUUUUAAAAAAAACAUUCAAUUCGUGAGGAUAAAAUAAAGAACAUGACCGACUGGAAGACGCAGAUCGGCUACAAGUACAACCCGUCUUACCAUGCCUAUGCCUACGGCCUCGUGUACCAGCCCGGGCCCGAGCAGAACCACGGGAACCACGGGAACCACGGGAACCACAUGAAUCCCCUGAGCUGCUGGAGCGACUCCGGAGUCACCGACCUGAGCAACUACAACGCCGGGGUUCCGCAGGCCUACUACACCGCCACCUCCACCGCCAGAGCCCGGGAGGAGUCCCCGCCGGGCAGCCCGGAGCAGCAAGCCGCCAGCGGGCAACGACAUUACCAGGGCCCCGGGGUCGUCCACCUCGGGGACGCCCAGGCGGGCCGCCUGCUCCUGGCCAGGCCGCACCGGGCUGCGUACGACGACGCGCGGGCGGAGGGAGUCGGGCGAGUCGGGAGCGACUCCACCAGUGACUCUGAGGCGCACACCUCACCAGACUCAUGGAGUUCAAGGAGUAGCAGCAGCAGGGAAGGAGGUCUGCCCCAGACAGACCCUGCUACUUGGGUAAAGAGGGAUCUUGAAAGUGAGGAGCGCGACAGGAGCCCCAUUUCCAGCAAGGACGUUUCCAGCUCUCUUGUGGAGGAGCCGGAGACCUUCACCGUCACAGGGAACGAUGGCGCUGAGGACAUCACCCCUCUACAAGUGCCCAUAGCUGUCCCCAAUAAGCCAAGCCCUCCUGCUGUAACCAAACCCAAAGGAAAGGUGCGGGCAGCCUUCUCAGAGAGUCAGAUGAACACUCUUGUCCAGCGCUUCAGGGUUCAGAGGUACCUCACCCCGGCUGAAAUGAAGAACCUGGCAGAAAUGACCGGCCUGACUUACCAACAGGUGAAGACUUGGUUUCAGAACCGGAGGGUGAAGCUGAAGAGGCACCAGAAAGACACCAGCUGGGUGUCUGAGCAAUACACCCUCAACAAGGAUGGUCCAGUUCACGGAACCAUGUACAACAACAUUCCCCCACACAUCCCACCCUAUCGGGGAGAGGCCCAGUCCCAGCUCAAGGAGCAUUACAACCAGCACAUGAUGAAGGCGACCCCACAGAACCUGGCCUUCUACCUGGCUGCUAUGGGUGGCACCCCAGGGUCCGCUGGCUACCCCUCCUGGUCCGCCGCCUCUUCCCAGACAGCAAUGCCAACCAGGCCCCAAGCAACCGGCUGGUCCAUGCCGCCGGGCAUCAACCAUUACGAAUACAACCACAAUGCAUUCAACGCAUCCACGGCAAACAACACCGGACACAAUACGAGCUUCGAAACCAAAGACGAGUCUGUCAACAGCUGAAACUUUUUGAAAUACUCAUGGUACAAAACAGCAGCCUUUAGUCCCACAUGUACAUUAGCCUUUCUCUGAAUGUUGACAGCUGUGUUUGCAUCCUGCUCUUCAAGUUUCGUGACUAUUUGGCAAAGGACUGGGGUGGUUUUGACAGGCUGGGUGUACAUAUUCCUUGUUCGGAUUCCUGAUCAAAUGUAUUUUACUGUUUUUAUGAGUUUUAUUUUUAUAUGCAACUAUUUAAUGUAUGUUGGUGUGUUCUUUGCGCUUGGUGCUACUAGAUAGGUCCAGUUUGGAUACUAUUACAGAUUUUUUUUUUUUAAAUAAUUUUUUUGAACUGUUUUGAACUGGGCAGGUUCUGAUACAGAUGUGCACACAUUUUCAACACUUUUUUUUGGGUUCUAUAAAUAUACAUUCAAUUCAGCAACUUGAAACAUUUGUCUUCAUUUCACUGAUUGUUUCUGGUGAAUAAACAAUUGAUGUGUUACUUUGCCGUUAGUGGCUAAAUGCUAACAUCUGUUGUCACAUUGCAGAAAGGAUUGUGGCCAAAAAUGGAACUUGGUAUGCUAAACAUCAUGCCAUAAACAAGUCCAAAUUGUGAACCUCAAGUGUAGAAUUUACGUUACAAAUGGCUAAAAGUAGAAUCUGUAAAACCCUUAUAUCAAAAUAAAAGGACACAUUAAAUAGUCGUGGGUUUAAAUAAUCAGCCCAGGGUUGUUUGCUGGCAUUAUUGUAUUACAAAGCACUUUAUUGAAAAGACAA